CUUUCCCAUCGCCCACCUUGUCGCUGUACCUCUAUUUUCCUCAGCAGCAUGUAUAGCUCGACUUAUCCAGCGUUGAGUGCCAUACCCAGGAACAUUAUGUCGUCCACGCGCUGGCACUGGACUCGCGGCCUUUUAACUCGUUCUUCGUGUACUCGUCGGGAAUGAGGUUUAUGACACAUGUCCAGGUCUCGUCCGUGCCACCAGAGUAUCUGUCGAGGCCUCCUUGCAUACCGCUCAUCGUCCCUGUCAUCUCCACCGUCGAGUCUGCUGCCAACCCCGUCAUUGGUGCUGUCCUUCGCCGCGAUGGUCCCUUAACUGGUGCUGUCAACGGAAUCGUCGGCGCUGUUGACAGUGUUGCCGACACUGUUGAGGGUACUCUGACCCAGUGAGUAUUCAUCGCUGAUGACUGGGAACUUACAUCUACGAUCUCAGUGGAAUUAUCCAUUGCCAGACCGACUGCCUUACUUAUACAGGUCUUUCAGCUCGUUCCAACCACAACGACGUCUCGUGUAUCGUGCCUUCAUCGAUUGGUUUACAAGUACCCUUGUUUACCGAUUGUGUGAGGAUCCCGUCGUUCAUAAUGGUAGAUUUUAACAGGUCAACUCUCUAACAAGACCGACACCCCAUCAACCCUCGCAUUCGACCAACACCCUUCCAGUGAAGGCCAGUUCGCAAAAUUCAUGGACGGGUUGACGGAUCCGGAGAGAUAUGGCGAAGUCGCGGCCAUGGAUUUAGUUACUGGGAAGAUGCGUGAGGACGUUGGAGCGGCGGUAAAAAAAGCGUUUAGGUUCACGGUUACGACGAGCUGCUACCACGCUCGCGAGCAUGAUCAUGUAUGCUUGGACAGAUGAGAUAGAGAGUUCUUUUUGGCAGGAUAGAGCUUCUCGUACUCAUGUAGCAUACCACUGUAGUCAUCCGAGUCUUCAGAAUGUAUAUAUUUAGCGUAGUCAACCAAUACUAUUU